ACAGCACCUGAAGAACUCGAAAUUCUACAGGUGAGGAGGCGCGCACGAGAAGGAGCUGCUCACGUCUAUACCCUUGUUUUUCCACUGCUGAAGAAACGGGGAUCGGGGGAUUAGUAUGCGUUACAAUAUUGCCGAAGAUCACACAGUUUAAGAAUACUGUCACAGCAAAGAAGAAAACUCACACAGGAGUGAAGAAGCCGCUGUGAUGGAGGGGAAGCGUGGAAGCCCCCCGAUGAGGAUAGAGCAGCCUGCAGACAGCGAGGGCCAGUCCAACUGUGUCCUCUUCACCUACUUUCAGGGGGACAUCAACAGUGUGGUGGACGAGCACUUCUCCAGAGCCCUCAACAAAACCAAAAAACCCAGGGACCUGAGCACCAGGAACAAGGGAUGGAGAGCCGUCUCCUCCACUGCCAGCGCUGCCAACACACAUGGUGAGCCCUCGCCACCUGUGCUGUGGGAUUUGCCAGGUGCCUCCUGGGCUGGCAGUCAGUACCCUGCACCCACCUCCUCCCGAAUUCACUUCAGCACCUCCUCGGGGGUGUUACACAGCUCCCCCAGCCAGCCUCCUGGCCCCUGGCCUUUCCCUGUGCGGGACAGCGGCAGCUUCGGGCCCCCACUGGGUGUGUACCCCCACCCCGUGGGCCAGGAGCUCCCUGGAACGAGCUCCUUCCUCAACCUGCUGCACAGCGAGAGGGGAACCGCCAGCACUAGCCUGGGCACGGCCUCCGAACCAGAGCAGCCCCCCUCCUGGGCAGGGCACCCCCCAGCACGCUUCAGGGAGGCAGCAGGGACAGGACUGAGCCUAAACUCAGUGAUCCAAGCACCAGAAAAGAAGAAGGAUCUCUACUGGUAUUAGAACAUGCAUAAACCAGUCUGGCAUCUGAGCUUUAUACAGGUGUGUGAAAAUCACAAAGUAUUUUAAAGCACAACUCCAUGGAGCACAAUCGAAGAACAAUUGCUUUUCACAAGCUGGCACUGUGAGCCAGGAUAGAACUGAGAGACAGCGUCACAAAAGCUGGAAUACUCAAUGCUGCAGCCAGCUAUUCUUGCCAAAAUACUGAUAGAAAAAACAAACGAAAAAAACAAACCAAAAUAACAGCUCAAAUUCUCCGGAGCGUUUAUCCCGGUUUCAGAGAUUUAUCAGUGAUACUCUACCCAGAAGAACACAAAAUCACAGUAUUGCAAACUCAUUUUGAAGUGCCAUUCAAAAGAAAACCAUUGUUUUCAAUGGAGAAAUGAAGAAAUCAUAAAUACAAAUAAAAAUCAGGUGGAGAACGAAUAUCCACAGAUAUAUGGACACGUUGCAAGGAAGGAAUGUUGCUUUAAAUGAACAAAUAGCUAACGUUGGUGUAACAACAGGAACUGAAUGACUAUUGAAUGACGACUGUACUUUCUAAGGUGUAUUUAAUCCUUGUUUUCUUAAGCUAAUAACAUCUCUGGUUAUAUUUUCCUGCACACCAGUGGAAAUACAGUAGUUUUAAUUGUCUUUGGGAAAGAGGGCUUCUGUUCUUAACAGGUGUGCUCGAUUUGUCUGUAUAUGGAAGCAGUUCUUUUGUAUUCACAAAUGACCAGCUGGUUCUGGGUCAGUUUAAUAACUGGGGCUAUUUUCAAAUUAUUUUGUCUUUAUUCAUCACCAAAAAAAAAAAAAAAAAGGUUUUA